CGAGCUUCUUCUUCUCUACCAGCACAAGAUCAGAAGCGCGCGACUUCGUCCUCGUGGGGCGAAAAACGUCAAUCACGACUUCGCCGACAACCUUGCUGAUACUUUUGUUGAGAUUCUGACCGAGGUCUUCGAUCUGUACGACAUUGAUGCGGAGCUACAUGACGGCA